CGGUCCCUUCUCCUCGUCCUCUUCCCCCAAAAUUCCACAACAAAAAAACACCCCCAAAAAAGAUCAAAAAACCCUAACCUCCGAUCGAAUCAUCGCCACCCUCCGCCGCCGCCGCCGCCCGCCGUCUCCGGCCAUGUCCCCGUCAAUCGCCGCCUCCCAGGAUCGCGUCUCCCGGUGAUUACUCCCCCGCGCCCUCGUCUCCAUUUUCUUGUGCUGGUAUGAGGGCCGCCGCCGCCCCCGAUCCGUCCCCGGCGCCGGCGAGGUCGAUGCUGAAGCGGCUGUUCGAUCGCCAGCUGCUGCGCGUCUCCCCCGCCGAGCGGAUUGUGGCGGUGGGCGGGGGGGAGAAGGAUGAGGUGGAGCCGAGCUCCGUGUGCCUGGAUGGCAUGGUGCGCAGCUUCUUGGAGGACGGGAGCGGCGUGGGCGCGGCUGUCGAGCGGGCUGGCGGCCAUGGCGCGCGGCGCUGCAACUGCUUCCAUGGCGGCGGGAGCUCCGACGACGACGACGACGAGGACGACGCCGCCGCGUCCUCCGACGUCGCCGAGACGAUCAAGGGGCUCGUGCACUGCGCCACGCUCCGGGAGCGCAACCUCCUCGCCGACGUCUGCGGCCACGUGGAGCGGCACCGGGCGGGCGGGGCAAGGAGGCGGGAGCUCCUCGGCCUGGUGGCGGCGUCGCUCCGCGCGGCGGGGCACGACGCCGCCGUGUGCGUCUCCCGCUGGGACAAGUCCCCCACCCACCCCGCCGGCGAGCACGCCUACGUCGACGUGCUCCUCCCGCCGGCCUCCGACCGCGGCGCGCGCGAGCGCGUCCUGGUCGACGUCGACUUCCGCUCCGCCUUCGAGGUCGCCCGCCCCACCAAGGCCUACCGCGCGCUGCUGCAGCGCCUCCCCGCGGUGUUCGUCGGCAAGGACGACCGCCUCCGCCUCCUCGUCGCCGCCUCCGCCGACGCCGCGCGCGCCAGCCUCAGGAAGCGCGGCCUCCACCUCCCGCCAUGGCGCAAGCCCGAGUACAUGCGCGCCAAGUGGCUGUCCCCCUACGACCGCGAGCCAGCGCCGCCCGACGAGGCCUCCGCCUCCGCCGCCGCGGCCGAGGUCGCUGGAGAGGAAGCCCCCGCCGCCGCGUAAACAAGAGGUGCCGCUUGGAAUUUUCAACCUUCAGGAGGGCCUAAAUGCAAAGUUAAAUUUCUUCGAUUUUAACACUUUUUUUUGGGGAAUCUCGAGUAUUUUGGGGAGUGAGAAGAGUAUGUAUUACGCGAAAUGGAGACAGCAAUAUGUAGUGUAGUUUUAGUAUUAGGAGAAAACAAGAAGUACAAAAAAAAAGAAGAAAUCUUUUGGUUAGGAUCAGAUCAGGUUAGCAUCCACUUUUGGUCCCAAAUUAAGCCUAUAAUAUUUCAUAAGUAGUAGUACUAGCUAGAAGCUUGAUCAUGAUAGUAUGGUGAGAUUAUGGCCAUUAGGCUCCUGUUUGUUUUCAUUUUUGUAAGCAAAAUGUUGCCCAGCAGACAAGUUGAGGCGAGAGAUGAGUACAUCAUACACGGAGCUUUUGAUUUUGAUUUGGAUUUUGAGUUUUGAUCCCCACAAAUUAGAAUUGUGCAAUAUUUUGUAGGAUUAUAUGUUUAAUAUAUACAUGUUUUAUGAACUGUU